AUGAGUAGCCUGAUACAGGAAUUUGUGGAAUAUUGUGUGGGGCUGGUUGGCGGGACGCGAGGAUUGGAUGACGCUGGACGCCUGAGGCUGUUUAAAGACUUUAGUAGCCAGUGGGAGAAUGAAGUGAAUAGUUUCCUGUUCGAUGAAUGCAAAAGAACGAUAAUAAUUCGACUGACGGGCGAUUCAAACGAUUUAUGUGUUGGGAUUGAUGGUUUAACAAGCGGAAACCUUCAAUCGACUUUAUUAGUGCUGAAAAAUCAACGCUCGAUCGAUUACAAUGUGCCCGUACGGUCGCAAUUCUCUGUGAUGUGGCUUUCAGAUUCCAGCAUGAUAGAUUCUCUGACGUCUUUGAUAGAUGAUGGACUUUCAACGGUGAUUGACCUAUUAAUAAAGCACGAAUCUGGCCCAUCGGAUUCACUAAGAAUGACAAAGAGUAAGCUCAAAAAUGUUUCAUAUACUCUGCAUAAUAUGCAAUAUACCAUUUGUACACCAGAAAUUGUUAGCAUGGCUCACCCUAGGGUUCAGGAUCUUGUUAAAGAGGGAAAGCAUGAGGCUGAUUUCGAAUCCACGCUUUUGAAAGAUUCUAAUUUCCUUAAUGCGUUACAAAGUAUAGUGAAUCAAUGGCUCGAGCUCUCACGGGGUCUCUGUGACACUGACAGGGAUGUAAGGGACGGCUCAGCGUAUGACGAGAUUCAAUUCUGGUCCGAUUUACAAAAAUCACUUAUGUCUCUGGCACAGCAACUGCGAUCACCUGAGGUACGAACUACCAUGUCUAUCCUCGUGGCUACUAAACGAUGGAAUAGCGUUUCCGGGUUCGUGGCGGAAACUGGGGUUACCGAUCGGUUAAAAAUCGUCAGAGAAUAUAACCAGUUCAUCUCAUCUAUUCCUUUGAAAGUUUUGAGUUCUGCCGAAAAAGUCGAGGACGUUAUAAAGUGUAUUGAUCUGCUUGCAUCAGCACUCAAAAAAUUUAGAUUCACUAGUUUCCCAGAGCAAAGAUUCGCACUCUUAAUGAGCAAGAUCUCUCAAGAAGUUCACGGGAAAUUGCUAGAAGUGAUACCAAAUUUGUUCACGGCUGCUGAUGAGGAUUUUGAAAAUUACAUGAGACUUAUCUCGGUAGCUCUCGUUAAAUGGAAUGACACUAUACAGGAGAAUAAGAUACAAUUACGUGAAGUGAUAAGAAGGCGAGGACAUUCGUUUAGUACUGCUAUAGAUAUAAGACCAAAUGCAGAAGAUCUACAAGAAUCACUUAAACAACUUUCUGAGUUUCGAGAUCGCCACGCUAUCCUAAAAGCUUCACUUGAGACGAUACGUUAUGACGGCUACUUCCAGGAUCUUGAGUUUCUGUUCGAGCCAAUUGGUACUCUGCCUAACACCAGCAUAGCAAGCUGGGCUACAGAAGAGGCUUUGUACAGACAGCGACUUUCAGUGAUUGAAGAAAAACUGAUUGUCGUGUGGCGAACUGCACUUGAUCGAGGCAGUAGCUCGGAAGAAAUGAUUAAUCAAUAUGCUACCUUUGCACCACUCAUGGCAUCUCACCCAAAAUUAAGAUCAGUAAUGCGGGAUUGUCAAGAGGGUUUGCUUAGUAUUGUCAAAGAAGAAAUAACAGCUUUGAGCUUGAAAGUGGAAGGAAUGCAUCAGGUCGAAGAAGUUCUGUUGCUCAAAGGUCUCACUCCUAUUACUGCAUUCAUAUUACAAUGUUUGCAAAUCAGGGACCGCAUCUUGAUUCUUAGAAAACGUUCCAGUAUUCUCCUUGGACUUAACUGGGAGACACUACCUGAGGGCAAGACACUAUCUUCCAGGUUCAUCGAAUUAACGCAGAAAACUGACUGCACAGCGGCCUUCCACACUUGGAAAGAAAAAGCAUCCCAGCUGAAGUUGGACAAACUGGAUACCCCAAUGUUAAAGGUUCUCUCCAACCAUGAUGAUCAUUACGAACUUUUAGUCAAUUUUGAUUUCUCUGCAGGCUCCAUUUUUAAGGAAGUAAGAGACUUGGGAUCCAUGGGAUUUAAUAUUCCUAAUGGUGUUAUUCGUACCGCACUAAAGUUUGGCGACAUCCAAUGUAGCGCAUCUAUUAUUCUUGAACAGCUUCAGACUUUUUUGUCGGUUGUAAGUGGGCUGAACAGCCGCACUUAUACAGCUGUGUUAUUGAGGAAGAAUGUCGACGCUGUAUGGCGCUUGAUUGGGAGAGCUACAGUUGCUGUUUGGUCGAAUUCAGCCGUCGAUCCUCGCUUAAAAGGCCACGAGAAUACUAGCUUUAACCACAUCAAAGAUUUGGAGAUGGCCGUCAGUUUGGUACUUAAGGAUUUUGAGGUGCUCGAGGAAAGUGAAAUGUUACUAAAGCGGGCCUUCGAAGCUCUCGUCAAUGCGCCUUCCAAUACGAAACUUGCUUCUGAGGCUAUAGCGUCCAUACAGUCUAUCCUCGUGGGAAUGACCACGUUACAGUUUGAGACACUUAAUGAGCUCACCUCGCUCCUUAAUAGACACAUCGAGGAAAUUAUUCUGAGUAAAACGCGUGAAGAACUAAGAAGCAUGCAACUUGGACGUCAGGCGCUAGUAGUAACUCUGAAGGGUACAUCACUGUCCUGUUCUCCAGAGCUCAUCCAAAUCAAAUCAUCAUGGAUCAAAAAAAUUGAACAAAUAGUAACGAAAGUCGCCGGACAGCCAAAGAUUCAUUUGAAGAGUUCCAAAGCUCCAAAGGAAACUUUCUCCAGCCUUACUGAUUCUCUUAGCGGCACCGUGGCAAAAGUACUUAAACGUCUUGAGAAAGAAUAUCAACUAACGAAAAGAUACUUAGAGCAUCUAAAAAAGACCGAAGCCUUGUGGCUCCUGAAGGACUCUGAUUUGCAUGAUACUAUUAGGGGGGACAUCACAAUUUGUUAUAAUUUGUGGGAGCAAUUAGCGAAUUUGCGGGAUUACCUUGAGCGUCCCUCAGAGGCCUACAACGUCAAUGGUCUGCUGAUUUUCAGAUUCGAAGAUUCGUUACUACAAAUUUAUGGAAAACUGGACUACUGGCAGAAGCUUUUAUCUGAAGUUUUGCUGGCGCUGUACUUGAAUACUGCGAGUUCACUAUCCUCAGAUAUCAGAAAAGAUUUGGAAGAAUUGGAGGGACAUGACGCCAAAUUUUCCUCCUUUGAGCACCUUUCCUCUUUGCUCAUUAGCGUUCACAGAAUGAGAUCGUACAACCAUGAAAGAAGAAAGACAGUGGAAUUUCUUUCAUUAUGCGAGCCUGUAUUUCUGGAAACACGUUUGAGGCUUCCCACGGAGUAUCUGUAUAUUGACCAACUAGAGAAUGACAUGAGAAAUGCUGAACAUUGCCUUGAGGAAAAAGAAGUUCUAGUAGAGACAAAAAGAGCUCUAUUUAUAACCGUUUUAGAAGAUAAGCUGACGAGCAUUAACAGUCACAUACGCAUGGUAUCAGAUGAAUGGCGGAUGAAGCAAUCUUUAAUACAAGAAGAGUUACCGGAAGAGGCAUUGAAUAUUUUGCUGAAUUUCGAGACUUCAUUAGCAAACAUAAGGGAAGAGGUUCGGGUAGUAUCACUAUGUUCGCGGAUCAUUCUUCAUCCAAUCGUAAUUGAAGACUGCCUGAAAAAAGCGUCAAAUGAAGUUCAAGAUUCUAUAAUGAUGUGCAAAAGGCUCAAAGAAAUUUUGAAAUUAGUUGAUAAUUCAAUGCAAAAGGACUGGGCUUCUGCUAAUAUAGACAUUAUAUCUAGGGAUGUGGCAACCAUUGCUGGGACAAUUGCGGGCCUUUCAAGUAACUUUCGCCAGUACAAGUUAUUCGAAGAGCUGGAGACAAAGGUACGAAAGCUGAAGGGUUGUAUGGGGCUGUUUAAAGAGAUGAAAAGCUCCGCGAUGAAGUCGAGGCACUGGAAAGCCAUUUUUGCCAAAAGUCCUCAGACAACGCCUCCUGCAGCGGUUCUAGAAUCGCAAACAUUUUCUCUAAAAGAUAUCGUUGCUCUCAAUAUAGAAGCAAAUGAAGCUUCUAUGAAGGAGAUCAUUUACAGUGCUCGAAGGGAAGGUGUACUGGAAGAGUCACUCUGCAGAAUGCAGAGUUUUUGGAAAUAUGCACAAUAUGAACUUUUCGAACAUUCAAGUGGAAUGGCGCUCGUAAAAGACUGGAUCUCUAUCAGACAGUCAUGUUCUGAUGAUCUGGAUGAACUAAUAUCCAUGAAAAAUUCAAUAUGCUUCAAGUUUUUUGAACAUGAUUGUACCGACUUAGAAACGAAACUGGCAGCCUUUCUGGAGAUACAGCAUAACUGGAUGGAGGCACAGUUUCAUUGGCUCGACUUGUUUGGUGUUGUCGGUGAGGGUGGUAAAUUGUCAAGUUUGCUUCCACACGAAACUGCCAAAUUUCACAGCGUCACAGUUGAUCUUCGAGCAAUUUCAUCUAGAGCUUUCCAGAUGGGAAGCAUCAUUGAGCUUACAUCCUUUUCUGGUGGCAAAAAGAAGUUUAAAGACCUCGAAGACCAACUUAAGGUGAUAAAAACCUCACUAACUGUUUACUUGGAGCAACAAAGAAGAAAUUACCCCAGAUAUUUCUUCCUAGGAAAUGACGAUCUCCUAAAAUUGUUAGGCACAGGAAGCGAUCUGGGACAAAUGUCGCGGUUUAUGCCUAAAUUGUUCGGUAGCAUUAGUCAUAUCCAAUUCUUGGGAUCUAUCAUUACCGGCAUAUGCUCUAUCGAAGGUGAAGUACUGAAUUUGGAUACUUCAGUACCUAUCGAGGAUCAUUUGACACCGGACGUGUGGUUGAACAUUCUAGAGCUUCAAAUAAAGAAGACAAUAUCAAACAAUGUUCAUUCUUGUCUCAAGAGAAUUGCAGAGGGAAUCGACUUCACCAGUUUACUAUACUCUCAUUCGUUCCAGGUUUUGCUCCUUACUUGGCAAGUGAUCUGGACCAAAAGAGUUGAUCGAAGUAUAGAAGAAGGAGAGUUCUCAGGUAUCCAGCAAUACAUCGAUCGUCAGCUUGACUUUCUAAUGAGUAUUCUAAAAGAUUGCAAAGAAGGUCACGACAAGCAGAAAGUUCGAUCAUUGAUUAUUGAAUGUAUUCAUGGGGCUGCUAUCGUCACUAAACUAUGCAACGCUUCCAGCGCUGCAAUGGUCAAACUUGAAUGGAGCAAGAUCCAAAAAUUCUAUUACCAGGACGACGAGCCUAAUCUACUUGAGAGAGUUAUCACAGUCCAAUGUGGUCGGCAGCUGAAGUACGGAUUUACAUACAUCGGCGUACCAGAAAGACUGAUCUACACAUCAACUUUGGACCGAAGUUUUGCAGCAUUGGGGGAAGCAUUGUCUCAAAAAUAUGGAGGAUGCCUAUUUGGGCCUGCUGGUACUGGUAAAACCGAAACCAUAAAGGCCUUAGCACAGAAUCUUGGCCGGAUGGUUCUAGUAUUCAAUUGCGAUAAGUCCUUUGAUUUUCUAGCCAUGUCAAGACUCCUGUCCGGCAUAACCCAAGUCGGUGCAUGGGGCUGCUUUGAUGAGUUGAAUAGGAUGAACGAAACUACUCUGAGUUCUGUUACGAGCCAUGUGGAAAAGAUACAAUUAGCGCUUUUGAAAAAAUGCGACCAAGUGCAUCUAAUGAAUCAAUCCAUUCCACUCAAUGCUGAUGCUGGGUUGUUUAUUACAUUUAACCCAGGCUAUGGGGGAAGAUCCGUCCUUCCAGAGAAUUUGAAGAAGAGAUUUCGUGAGUACUCGGUCAGAAAAGCCGAAACAGAUACUAUAUCUGAAGUUAUCAUGCGAAUUAUGGGCUUCCAAAAGGCCCAGUCGCUUAGUAAAAAACUGGUAUGUUUGUUCGAGACCUUACGAACGGACUGCAGUUCGCAGAAGCAUUAUGAUUUUGGUCUACGGUCAUUCAAAAAAGUUUUCAAGACUUGCGCCGAACUAGCAGGCAAGAGAGGACAUCAUGCGAAUGAGGAAUGUCUUUUAACGGAAAGCAUGUCGCAAAUUAUCCUUCCUAGUUUGAAUAAAGCCGACGAAGUCGUUUUUAUGUCGCACACAAACAGACUAUUUUCUCAUCACGAAUCAAUGAUCUUUUCACAUGAAUUCAACCAGAAAUUACUAGAAGCGUGUAAAGAGUGUUUUAUAGAGCCGACCAAAGAAUUUGCCAUGAAGUGUGCUCAGCUCUUCAAUCUUCAGCGAAGCCAACAAGCGAUUAUUUUGAUGGGUCCCGCAGGAUUCGGUAAGACAGCUGUAUGGCGAACCACUCUGAUGGCGAUAAAAAAGUUGGGAGCUCUCCACAUUUUUGCAUAUGUCAUAGACACCAAAACCUUAACAAAAAAUUCUCUAUAUGGCAGACUAAACGAGGCCACAUUAGAGUGGAAGGAUGGAAUAUUUACUAGCAUUCUUCGCAAAGUUAAUGAUGAUAUGGCGGGUACCUUUAAAGAUGCCAUGGUCUGGGUUGUUUUCGAUAGCGAUUUGGAUCCAGAAUACAUCGAAGUUCUCAAUAGUGCCCUUGAUGACAAUAAACUACUCACUUUACCGACAGGAGAGCGUAUAGCAAUGCCCCAAAAUCUCAGGUUACUAUUCGAGGCGCCUGAUUUAGAUUAUGCAACACCUGCUACGAUCACACGUUGCGCAAUCAUAUGGUUUCCUGAACCUCUGUAUGCGGAUUAUGAGCAACUGAACUGCUCAUUAACAAAAGCCGCACAAGAAGUACAAGCUAGGUCCGGAAUUUCCGAGGAUUUCGUAAAGCAUAUGGGGCUCAUUUUAAGGGAACUAUUGAGUCCUGUUGACUUUUCCUGCAUUUCUGCAGAAGCCAAGUUAUUUCAUCACAUUCUUAGUUUUGAUUCAUCAAGAACUGUUACGGCAAUCUCCAAAAUCAUCAUCCAGGGCAUUCGAAGUUUUCACCAUUUACUCUUAGUGGCCCAUGACAAACAGCAAUAUGUAUUUACGUUGAUCAGAUUAUAUCAAGCUUUGAUCAAUGCCAUGGCGGCUGAUACCAGCUCAAAGGACAGGGAAAAAAUUGUUGAAUUCGUUGACACAAUUUUUGAGACUCGUAGCCGUGAACUAUUGGACGGCUCGCGACCAGAAUCUUUGUGCAUCACGACAAAAACGUUAGAGCCCAUACCCUUCAGCGAUUUGGUUGAGCAGAACAAGCUCGAGCCGCAUGACGUAAUGAAGCCAGAUGUCUUUAUUCCGACACUUGAUACCUUGAAGCAAGAAAGUUACGUCUUCGAUCUUUUGAAUGCCGGGCAGCCUGUUAUAUUAUGCGGCCCUCCAGGUUCAGGAAAAACGAUGAUUCUCACAAACGCCCUACGCAAAUCCGCACAACUCUUGUUGGUAGCAAUGAAUUUCUCGAAAGACACCACUAUCUCCAGCAUUUUGAAGUCCCUCAAGAGGCAUACAAUAUAUGCUGAUGGCCCAAAGGGGCUGGUGCUUUGUCCAAAACUUCCUGACAAAUGUGUGGUCCUGUUCUGCGAUGAGAUAAACUUGCCUAAGCUGGAUAAAUACGGUUCACAAAGUGUGAUUUUGUUUUUGAGACUUUUAAUCGAGAAAAAUGGAUUUUGGAGGACAGAUGACAACAGAUGGGUAUCAAUAGAGCGUAUCCGAAUUGUAGGUGCGUGCAAUCCUUCGUCAGACCCAGGCCGACUGCCGUUGUCGCCACGCUUCUUACGCCAUACCCCAAUUUUAUCGAUAGAUUACCCAUCUGAACAGUCGCUCAUGACAAUAUAUCAGAAUCUUUUUGAAGCUACUUUCAGCUUACUGCCGCAUCUGAAAAGUUAUGCUAGAACUUUUUGCGAUGCUUCAAUAUAUCUUUACCAUCAGUGCAAGAAAAACUUCACUCCUUCCAUGCGAGCUCAUUAUCUCUUUUCUCCAAGAGAACUAACAAGGUGGAUUCGAGGACUGCAAACGGCCAUUGUCAGUGGAUUGCAACAAGAAUUUGGUUGCGUGUUUCAUGCGUGGGCAUAUGAAGCAUCAAGGAUUUUUGCAGACAGGCUUGUGGACGAUGCCGACACUCAAGUUUUCCUCACUCUGUUGAGGGAAACUUCAAAGAAAUACUUCGCAAAACAUGGAAAAUUGCCUCCUGAUUCAUCCGAAAUACUGUUUUCUUCGUUGCUCUCUCAAGGCUAUGAGCAGGUCCAAAAAGUCGAUCUUUUAGCGUUUGUGAAGCAACGUUUAACAUCGUUUGCUAAGGAACAGUUGGAUAGCCAGCUUAUAGUGCAUGAAGAAAUGCUAAACCAUAUUCUUGCUAUUGACCGGAUACUAAAGCAGCGACAAGGCCAUGCAAUGCUGAUUGGCGCGAGAAGAACCGGAAAAACUACGCUGGUGAAAUUCGUUUCAUGGAUCAAUGGUCUUACAGUCUUGCAACCAGGGAUACACAAGAAUUAUGAUAUCCAUGAAUUUGACGCGUUUCUAAGGAAAGUGCUACUGCGCUGCACUAUGGACGGGCAGAGAGUAUGUCUAAUAAUCGACGAGUCGAGCAUUUUGGAGUCAUCAUUCUUAGAGAGGAUGAAUACCUUACUGGCAAAUUCCGAUGUUCCUGAUCUCUUUCAGGAAGAACAAUAUGAAACUUUGAUUUUUUCUUUACGGCAGAAAAUCGAUUCUCUGGGGCUUGUAAUGAACAGCGAGCAAGAGUUGUACGACUGGUUUGUUGGACAGAUCUCCAAAAAUUUGCAUGUUGUAUUCACGAUAUGUGACCCAUGUGGCAUCGGGAGCACAAACUUAACCACAUCACCCGCUUUGUUCAAUAGAUGUGUGAUUAAUUGGAUGGGAUCGUGGUCCACAUCAGUUUUGAGACAGAUUUCGAAUGAGAUCAUUCAAUCUAUGUCUCUAGAGUCAAGCAUUGUGGCCCCGAGCGAAAAAUCUCUCCUGAAAAGCUUCAACAUUCAUCCAAAUAAGAUUUCAAACGCAUUCGUCAGAUUCCACAUAGAGUUUCAUGUGGAGCAGGAAAACACCAAGUCGCCUGGCAUGUUCUUGGAUGCACUUAAGCUUUUUAAGAAGUUGCAUUUAAAAAAAGGUAUAGAACUUGAUGAAAAUCAGCGAUUCUUCAGCAAUGGGUUACAGAAGCUUGAUGAAUCCGUUCUCAAGUUCCAGGAGAUGAGUGCUCUCUUGACAACGAAAGGAAAAGAGCUUAAAAGGAAAGAGAUGGAAGCAAGACAAACUUUGGAUAAAAUGUUACUUGAGCAGAACGAGGCCGAACGCAAGCAAGAAGCAACAUUAGAGAUCAAGACUAUUCUAACUCAAAGGGAGAGUGAAGCAUCUCAAAGACGGCAAUCAGUUAGAAUGGAACUUGAUGCAUUUGAACCAAUUAUGCUCGAAGCGCAAAGGGGAGUUAAAAACAUAAAAAAGCAGCAGUUGACAGAAAUUAGGUCUAUGAUCAAUCCUCCAGUUGCCGUUAAAAUUACAAUUGAAGCUGUAUGUUCGGUAUUGGGCUACAGAAGUUCAAGUUGGCGAAAUAUUCAGCAAUUCAUUCGGUCUGAUGAGUUCAUAUACGAUAUUGUACAUUUUGAUCCUGACACAAUGCUUCCAAAAGAUCUAAAGAUGAUGAUCGAAAACGAGUUUUUGUCGAUACCAGAUUUCACAUAUGAGAAGGUGCAUCGAGCUAGUAAGGUCUGUGGACCGCUUUAUCAGUGGGUUUAUGCUCAGAUCAAAUAUAGCGAAGUCCUCGAUAAGGUCGGUCCGUUGAGAGAUGAGGCAAAACAAAUUGAGGAGGAAGCUCUGCACGCAAAAGCUAGACUACUGGCCGCAGAAGAUAUGAUUUCUGAACUUGAGGAGGGUAUCAAAGAACUAAAGGACACUUAUCGUGUGAUCAUAAGGGACAUUGAGGUAAUCAAGGGUAAGAUGGAAGAGGUGCAAGCCAAACUUGAUCGUUCAAAAGCUCUUGUUGAAAACCUCUCAUCUGAGAAAUCGAGAUGGAAGCGGUAUAUUCUAAGUUAUCAACAAGAGUUAGAGGAGAUGAACGGUAACUGUUUGAUAACUGCAAUAUACUUCAGCUACUGUGGGGUGCUAAACGAAAAACAGCGCAAGCAGACCUUUGAGGUGAUUGCCGGGAUUUUGGACGGCCUCUCCAUUCGAUUCGACAGGAAUUAUGAGUUCGUUGCUUUCAACAUUGACGUCGACUCCCAGAUACGCUGGAUUGCUCACGGUAUACCUAACGAGACGUUUUAUAUAGAAAACUUUUUGCUUGCAUUGGAGCCCGAUGUUAUACCCUAUAUUGUAGAUCCAAAUUCCCAGGUUCCGCAGAUACUUUCGAGCUUUUUUGAUGGCAAGUUAGAAGUCAUAAGCUUUGAUGAGAGAAAUUUUGUGAAGAAACUCGCAAAUGCAGUUAAAUUUGGAGGAACAGUGCUAGUGCAAAAUGCUGAAAAUUUUGAUCCCAUUAUGAACAAUGUAUUGGCAGGAGUAUGCCGAAAAUCACACGGUCAUCGAAUUGUUCAAAUAGGAGAUCUUGAGGUUGAUGUAUCGCCUGAAUUUCGCAUGCUUUUGUAUUCUAAUAACGCUAGAAGGCCUCUUUCGAACUUUGUGCAAUCUAGGGUAAGGGUAGUGGAUUUUUCUAUCAAUGAAGUUAGUGUAGAGAUGCAGGCAGUGAGAAUGGCAUUAACAUAUGAUGUGCCUGAAAUUGAACGAGAGAAUGAAGAACUAUCGAAGCUCAAUGGAAUUUAUAAAGUACAAUUGAAAACGUUUGAGCACCAGCUUCUGGAAGAACUUAACCAGUCAAAGGGUAAUAUUCUGGAAAAUGAUGAAUUGAUCACUACUCUGGAGAGGGUUAAGGCAGAAGCGAUACUAGUUGAAGGAAAACUGCAGAAAAACCAAGACUUGAUGGAAAAACUUGCCACUUUUAUCACUUCUUACUCUACUUUUGGCUAUCAUUGCUCUUCACUUUAUUCUAUGAUGAAGAAACUAAGUCGCUUACAUUGGUUUUAUGAGUUGCCACUGUGGUUAUUUGUUGGCUGCUUGGAAGCGGUUUUAGUACCGGAACAAGCUAUUGAGAGCGAUGUGGCCACAAGAGUGAAAUCGCUUUCCUGGAGGCUUUACCAAAAGGUGUACUCAACCUUCUCAGCGUACCUGACAAAAGACUAUAAAAUGGUUCUCGCUAUAAUCUUUCAUCUGAUGUUCCAUUUUACUGGUGACAUCAAGAGGAUAAAGCAAACGUUACAGUCAGUUUUAAAUAUAAUGGAGCCAGAAAUUGCAAGAGUUCAUGAGACUAAGGACGAAGUAGUUAUUAAUUGCUCUGAAAGUAUCAAAAACAUGAUAGGACUCAUAGGUAACCAAACAUACUUUCCCGCUAUUGAAUUGUUGGCUAAUGAGUUUCCUAACGAAGAGACUCUCGAAAACAUGACUUUAUCAAGUGAGAAAAACUACAUAGUAGUGGCCAGCGAAAGGGAUUUUGAUAGCAGCUUUAAGGUCAUAGAGUUGGCGAAUAAGCAAAAGCAGGAGCUUUCAGUCAUAGCCUUAGGUUCCCCGGAGAGUGAGAAUUACGCAGAGCAGGAGGUUAUUCGAUCCAUGUUAGAAGGACGAUGGGUUUUACUGCAAAACAUACAAAUGUCAAUGUCUUGGGUGGAGUCCUUCUUGGCCAGAAAAUUGGAGCUACAGCCAGAGGGGGUAAGAUCUCCCAAAAAACGGUUCAAGAUUUUUAUGACUUGCAGUCUGCUGGGUGCAUUAUUGCCUCUGCCGCUUCUACAGAAUAGCUACAAGAAAGUUUUCGAAUCGACACCAAGUAUUCUGGGCUCAGUACGAGACUUGUGGAGUAAUGCCUCUUUGAAAAGUGAGAACGAAGACAAAGGAUUAAUCUCGGCAUGGUUGAUAUUCUUACUAGCGUGGUUCCAUGCCAUAAUAGAGGCAAGAAACGGCCUGAAUCCUAUAGGCUUUAGCAAGAAGUAUGAUUUCAAUGAAUGUGAUUUUGCGAGUGGGCUAAGCCACAUAAAACAGUUUGUGAGCCGCCUUGAUGACGAGAGUUCUUUGUUUGAUUGUGCUGAGCUUCAUUUCACUAUAGGUAGAAUCAUUUAUGGUGGAAAGAUUGAUGAAGAUGAAGAUCUCGCUGUGCUUCAAAAUAUCUGUUCACGAAUAUUUUCUCCUGAAGCCAUAAAAUCGUUACAAAACCCUGAUAAAUCUCACGAUCUACUGCCAGGAGUUUCAAUCCCUCAAGGAUUCAUAGACGAGCAAGUUAUGUCAGACAUUCUGAAUAAUUCAUGCGAGCCAAUCGACUCUUACAGCUCGUGGCUGGGACUUCCAGCCGAUGCAAUUCAACAAUACGAACGCAUUAAAACGAGAGAACUUUUAAUCAAGACAGAGAACCUUUUAACAGAAUCAUAG